UAUAUAAAAAUGGCCAUGUUUUACAGUUAAAUUGUUCGGUGUCCGGGAAUUUAUUCGUCCUUUUUUGAAGUGACACGUCAUGACUGCGCCGAAUUUUAAGGAUCUGGGCAAAUCUGCGAGAGACGUAUUCACAAGUGGCUAUCAUUAUGGCAAAACUCUUAUCAAAUUGGGCGUUAAAGCGAAAUCUGACAUACUUGAUAUGGGCAGUGAUUUACGCUUGAUUUGCGACACAUCAAAAUUGACCGGUACCAUGGAUUCGCAAUACAAAACGAAUUACGGAAAUUUUCUGCAAAAAUGGACGACGGAUAAUACUGUUACAUUGGGCCAUAGUAUUGACGAUCUCCUAAUCCCAGACGUUGGCGUGCAAUCGGAGAUUAGUUAUAAUCCAACCACAACUGCCAAAUUGCUAAAAAUUGGUACCAAAUGCAGCAAGGAGCUGUUCAGCGCGUCGUGUUCGAUCUCAAGCGACAUACAAUUUAACGUAGAUGUUUUGGGCUCCGUGGUCGCCGCAAUAAAAGGUUUCCUAAUCGGUUAUCAAGGUGGCUAUAACUCGGGAACGAACAAAAUGACGAAGAACGAUCUAAGUAUGGCUUUCGAUUAUCAGGACUUCGGUUUUUACUUUCGAUGCACCUCGAUACCAUACGAGUAUGGAUUGUCUCUCAUGUACAAAGUGACCGAAGAAUGGGACACGGCCGUUAACAGUAUUGUAUGCAGAAAUGGUGGAAUGAUACAAUGGAUGGUCGGCGCUGCUGCUAAAUGGAAAAUCGACGACACAUCGACGUUCCGUUUUAAAUUCAACAGCGAUCUUCAACUUGGUAUGAGUCUACAGCAGAAACUGGACGACAAUGUCAUGUUAACCCUGUCGUUUAACAUCGAUUGUAUAAACCCUCUGAGAGGUGGCCACAAAGUCGGUCUGGCCCUUGAUAUCGAGGGCUGAACCAUUAAAUGAAUCGGGCAUUUCGAAUUUUCUUUUUUAUAAAAAAAAUGCUCUUUGACACCUUUAAUUUUUUUA